AUGACGACGACAAAGGGCAGCUGUGCGUGUCGGGAGAUCGAAUUCCAGUUUGAGGGGGAGCCGGCGGUGACGGCGUUGUGCCACUGCACCGACUGCCAGAAGUGGACUGGCGGUGCGUUCACGUCGAAUGCUGUUGUGCCGCGGAGGUCGUUCCAGGUCACCAAGGGCACGCCCAAGACUUGGGACGCAAGAGGCGACUCGGGCAAGGUCAACAAGCGCUUCUUCUGCGGGAACUGCGGAUCGAGCCUCUACACCGAGCUCGAGGUGAUGCCCGACAUGGCGUGCGUCAAGGCGGGCUCGCUGGACGGCGGGGCCGCGAGCCUGGGCAAUAGGAUUGGGGUUGAGUUUUAUACCAAGGAUCGGGUUGGGUAUCUGGGCAGCUGUGAGGGCGCGAAGCAGGAGCCGGCUUUUGGAUGA